AUGAAUGUCGAAACAGGCAAAUUAAAAAAUGCGGAAAGUUUUCAUUUUCAGAAAGAUUCCUCGAUGUUUGACCGUAAUGAGAAAAUAUUGAUUUGAAAAAAUUCUUCUUUCGAAGAGUUUAGGAGAAUCUGUGGUAUUUUUAGGGAAAACGCCUCGUUGUGGAUACACUUCUUGCAUUUCACAUUUGGAAAUUCCUUCGUAUUUAACAUAGGUGGAAUACAAAGGACUUCAGUUCUUCGCUCAACUAAACCUGGAAUAUCACAAGGUAAUGGAAGUUCAAGUAACAUACCGAGGUAGGUACUUUGGCAUAAAAGGUUUUUACAUAAUUUUUUGUGGAGUUUCAUAAACGAACUCUAUAAUUCAGAUGGCAACUCAAGCUGAUAAUUUCACCAAUCACCUACUGUAAUGAUAACAUCUGCAGCUGUUGUUACGUGGACUGUCCAAAUGUGAUCACGCGUCAUUCGAUGGCUUGCAAGGAACAGGAAUGUCGUGGAUAUAGCUGAUAGUUUGACUGAGUGAGCUUAUUCAAUCAUUACAUGUGUUCUACUAUGCUUGCUUUAAAGGGUUAACACUGGAGAUGAAUAUUCAGAAACAAGAGUUCCUUGAUACCACAGCAGGAGCAGGAGUAAGAGUGGAUAUCUCAAAUCAAAGACACUAAGAGGCGACUCUAGAUACCAAUCCUUUAGCAUAGUGAGUUAUUAUUCCUUUUUUUUGCAUUCUCCAUUACAGACUGUCUUUGGACGAACUGAUCCCGCUAAGGAUGAUAAGCGUUGUAGAGAAGGAGACAAAUUCACCCGGAAAAAUUUAUGCACGGAAAUUUUGAAUACCUCUUACUCGAUGACGACGGUCAAUCCAAUUUUUUAUCUAUCAACAUAUCCAUUCGUCGAUUCAACCAUAUAACCAGCAAUCCAUUUAUGUCUGUACAUGUUAUAUCCUAUACGAUCAUGAGUGUACAGAAUCUUGUGUUCCACCUUGCAGGUACAAGUGUAGGUUCUUUUUAGGAUCUUUUCGGCAUACAUACUUCAAAUAAUCAAUAUCGCUUUAACAAAGUAAAUACAAUUUUUGUUUGUUUGUUUGUUUGUGUUUUUUUCAAUCUGGUAACCGACGGAAAUGCGGAUUUUGUAGGUCGGUGUUUUUCCAAAAGAGUGCAUCUUUUGAAGUUUGGCAAUCUGAGAAAUACAAGGUAUUUCAAUGAUCAGGAACGCUAUGUGCGUGGAAAGGGGCCGCGUUUUUGUAAAUGUCAAUCGAGGUUUUUUUUUUAGCUCAAUAUCCUUACCUUUGAUGAUGACUCUUGAUCGAUAACUAUUAAUAUUUUGAUGUGCAUAGCUUUAUGAUUCAAACAAAACCUGUCAAGAGAACCAAAAAAAUAAAUAAACAAUAACAACAAGAACAACAAAAACAGUUACGAAACACAAUCAGACAUAGCAUACAUUCGUAAUAAUAAAACCCCAUGGUAAGAAUACAAAUGAAUUAUGAAACUGUACACUUGUGAUAAAUCCUACAUUUUCUUCAAUAAUAAUAUCAUUACGUGGCCAAGUUCAAGGAAUGGUAGAUAAAAACUUUUAGAAAAACCCUGGUUAAAGACCAUUUUCUGUUAUCGAGAUAUAUAGCACGGUGUUGUAAUAACUUGACAGUUCAGCUUUCAGGUCUUAAAUAUGAGGUCAUAAGUCAAAUAUUUUCAUACAUAUAUCUUUAGGAGACAGGUGGUCAAUUAAAAUUCAGCGAUGAGGAUUUUGGUUCUUAAGUAUUGCAUUUUUUUCUAUACUUUUCGGAAUUAAUUAUACGUGGAAUUCUUAAUUCUUCAAAUAUAUACUUUUUUCUGUCAUGACGUCAAAUUUGAUACUCAACCCAUUUUGUGUAGGAGAGUACCAAUAAAAUCAAUACUAAUUAUCAGUUCAAGUUCAACAGAUUUUAUAAUCCCCUCAAAAAUAGUUAAUUUACCUUACAUUUUUUAAUGGGAUUAUUAGAAAAAAUAACCUGAGGCUGCACGUUUUUUAUCAAGAACUUGAAAGAGAAGUAAUAAAGGAGGUAUUGUCGUACACGGUAAGUAGCAGUAGUCGAUACAAAUGUAUUUGAACAGUUAUAACUGUUUUAAACGUUUGGAUGGAACUGGGAAGUAAUAUAAAAUAAUGGAAGCAUCAUCUCAAUGUCGAAGAAAGAACACACGAUAAGGAUAUGCCGGUGCACAAAUUGAGAGUGAUAAAGUCUUUCUUACCAGACUCUCUUUGUGAGAAGGCAAGUUUCGUUGUGAAUAAGAAAUAGCUAUUUUAACGGAGUGGCCCUCAUGCUUGUACCCACCAUGUUCAAUCGACUGCAGCUGUUCACCUCUUUGCCAACAUGUUUUACUAAUCUGUAUGUCCUUACUUUCCUUUUUUAGAUGGAUGCGUUUAUUUCAGGCGUUGGCGGUCAAUUGGGACUUUGGGUUGGAGUUUCUGUUCUGCCUCUGGUUGAAUUUCUGGAGUUGAUAACAACGCUCAGCCGCUUUGCAUUCAAGAUAUAUUCAAAAAGAAAUCAAGUUAUUAUUGCAACUCCUUCAACUUAG